CAAUGGGAGUAACAGGGCGGCGUCCACCGAGUGAUGUGGGUCAAUGGAGGCAAGAGAGGCGGGGAACCCCCUGGAAGUAACAGCCAAUGAUAACGAGCGGCAGGAACUUAUCUGUCAGCCUCAGCCAAUGCAAACGAUAAAGGCGGGAUUUCCACGGCAUGGUCAGCCAAUGGAAAUGAUAGGGCGGGGCCCACCGGCAGUGUCAGCCAAUGGGAGUGAUAGGGGCGGGCGUUAUCGGGUAGCGUCAGCCAAUGGGGGUGACGAGACCGAGGUUACCCGGCGGUAUCCGCCAAUGGCAGCGGCUGAUGUCCCGGGGCGGGGUCUACCCGGUGGCGGCAGCAGGGGCAGGGUCAAGAUGGCGGCAGUGAGCGGCCUGUCAGGUCCUGAGUUGCUGGAGGAUGCGGCCCACGCUCGGGCCUUACUCCGGGAGCUCAAAUCCUUCUAUGACGCCCGGCUGCUGGUGGAUGUGACCUUGGAGGUGGAGAGCGGCAGCCGCUUCCUGUGUAACCGCAAUGUCCUGGCCGCCGCCAGCCCGUAUUUCAGGAGUAUGUUCACGGGAGGCCUGUUCGAGAGUAAACAGCAGAGAAUCACCAUCCAUGAGGUGGACUCGGACUCCAUGGCCCUGAUCAUUGAUUACUGCUACACGGGCCGGGUCACUGUCUCCGAGGCCAGCGUCCAGAAACUCUAUGUCGCCGCCAAUAUGCUGCAGCUCGAGUAUGUCCGGCAGGCGUGCGCCGCCUUCAUGGCCCGGAGACUGGAUCUGUACAACUGCACCGGCAUCUUCAAGUUUGCAGAUGCCUUUGAUAAUGUGGAACUGAAAGAGAAGGCACGUGUUUUCAUUGCACGCAACUUGCAACAUCUGUGCAGGACGGAGGAAUUGUGUGAGCUUUCGCCUGAGCAGAUAAAAGAAAUCCUUAGUCUGGACACGCUGGAUGUGGACAGCGAGAGCAAAGUGUGCAGGGCUGCAAUUCAGUGGAUUAAAGCAAAUUUCAGUGAGGGUGCUGCACACGCAUUGGAUGUACUAAAGUGUGUCCGGUGGCAUCAUUUCACUGAGAAGGACAGAACGUACCUUGAUGUUCUUAAAUCUCAGCUGUUUGUCAAAAACAAGUCUCUUGGCUCCAUCGUUGAAGACCUUUCUGCAUGUCAGAGGGCUGAUGUGCCUGCAACGCUACAAAAUACUUCCAAGAGGAUUGGAUUCAAUGCUAAGGAAAUGGUUAUAUUCUUUGGCCAUCGGAAGGAACCUUUCCUUUGUUAUGAUCCGUACUCUGGUGACAUUUAUACAAUGGCUUCACCUUUGACUAGUCCUGCACUUACCAAGUCCAUCAGUUCAUUGGCUGUCUGUGUUUCACCAGACAACGAUGUGUUUUUGGCAGCGCAGCCAACCAAGCAGCUUUGGGUGUACAAUGCAGUUCAGAACAGCUGGCAACAACUGGCUGAGCGGCUGUUGGCGAGAGAGAAGAUGGAUGUUGCCUACCUGAAUGGAUAUAUUUAUAUCCUCGGUGGUCGUGAUCCAUCUACAGGCCUGAAAAUUAAGGAGGUUGAGUGUUACAGUAUUCAGAGAAACCAGUGGAUAUUUGUGACACCCCUGCCUCAUGCAUUGCAUUUGUUCAAACUGAUCACAGUCGGAGACUGUUUGUACGCUGUUAAUAACAAGAGGAUGUUGUGCUACGUGCCAGAAAGGAAUCAGUGGCUGAACUGUGCCUCUCUCAAACGGAGUGAGUUUCAGGAAGCCUGCGUUUUCAAUGAUGAAAUCUAUUGCAUUUGUGACAUUCCGGUCAUCAAGGUUUAUAACCCCUCGAAGGGAGAAUGGCGAAGGAUUAGUGACAUCCCGAUUGACGCCAACAUCCACAAUUUUCGAAUUGUGUGUCACGGGAACAAACUGCUUCUCAUCACCACCACUGUUCCACAGUGGAAGAAGAACAGGGUGACGGUUCAUCAGUACGAUACAACUGAGGAUCAGUGGGUCAAUGUUGGUACCAUGUUGGGAUUGCUGCACUAUGACAGUGACUUCAUAUGUCUUUCGGCGCGUCUGUAUCCUUCGUGCUUGGAGCCGGGCCAAAGUUUCAUUAGCGAGGAGGACGAUGUGCGUAGUGAGUCGAGUGCAGACUGGGAUUUCGAAGGCUCCAGUGAUAUUGACUCUGAGUCGGUGAGCUCGAGUUCAUUUUCGGAUGACGACUGGCAGCCACCAGAAGGUCUCCGAGUUGAAAGAAUACAGCGAAAUGGCCACUUGGCCCCAGCAGACAACAGAGCGUCUCAUAUCAAUGGCCAAUUAGGGAAAUAACAAGCUCUGUCUUAAAUGGCCAUAGAUGAGACAGAUCAAAAGUCAUAAAACUAGUAUUUUUUUCUGAUUGUUGCAUAUAUGGUAGUUUUGGACAAAGACAGUUAUAUUUUGCGGUACAUGUUAAAGUCUUUGGAGGAACUGAAAAAAUAAAAAUUGCUUUGAAAUUA